CGUACCACUCGCCUUUCCAUAUGAUCUCAGCAUUAGCCUUUCAGCAAUUUCUGUUUGACCUGAUGUUACCCUACUUGUGUGGUAACCAACUCGUACAGUUAAUGGUUGCAUCAGGGGGAAAUGUCCAAAGCAGUGAAUCAAGAAUUCGUUAUGUGCGAGACUCAGAGAGUCAAAAAGGAACCGAAAUCGUUUGUUUACACCAAGAAAAGAGGCUAUGACAUUACUCGGGAUCCUCACCUUAAUAAGGGCAUGGCAUUUACUUUGGAGGAAAGACUUCAGUUGGGUAUUCAUGGCUUGCUGCCCCCUUGUUUUCUCAGUCAGGACGUUCAAGUUCUUCGGAUCCUCAGGAAUUAUGAUAUGAAGUCAAAUGAUCUAGACAGGUAUAUAUUUCUGAUGUCUGUUCAAGAUCGGAAUGAAAAACUUUUCUACAAAAUAUUGACUUCAGACAUUGAGAGGUUCAUGCCUAUCGUCUACACUCCAACUGUAGGUUUAGCUUGCCAACAGUAUGGGCUAGCAUUCCGCAGACCAAGGGGGCUUUUCAUCUCUAUCCAUGACAGAGGUCACAUUUCCACAUUGCUAAAGUCCUGGCCUGAUGAUGACAUCAGGGCUAUUGUUAUUACUGACGGGGAGCGUAUUCUUGGCCUAGGGGAUCUUGGGAGUUAUGGAAUGGGCAUUCCAGUUGGCAAACUAGCUCUGUAUACAGCAUGUGCAGGUGUGAAGCCACAGCACUGCCUACCUGUAAUGAUGGAUGUUGGCACUGAUAACGAGGAACUGCUGAAAGAUCCUUUAUAUAUUGGACUGAGGCACAAAAGAGUGAGAGGACAACAAUAUAAUGACCUUCUGGAUGAAUUCAUGCAAGCUGUGACUGAAAGGUAUGGAAUGAACUGCCUUAUUCAGUUUGAAGACUUUGCCAAUGCCAACGCUUUUCGUUUGUUACAGAAGUAUCGCAAUCAGUACUGUACCUUCAAUGAUGAUAUUCAAGGAACUGCUGCUGUGGCCGUUGCAGGACUUCUAGCAGCUCUACGUAUCACAAAGAAUAAAUUGUCUGAUCAUACCAUACUAUUUCAGGGAGCUGGAGAGGCUGCUAUGGGAAUAGCUAACCUAAUCGUUAUGGCGAUGAUGAAAGAAGGAACAACAAAAGAGCAGGCUAUCAAAAAGAUUUGGAUGUUUGAUUCCAAAGGGCUUAUAGUUAAGGGUCGUUCAUCUUUGACUCAUGAGAAAAUGUUUUUUGCUCAAGAACAUCCUGAAAUGAAGAAGUUGGAAGAUGCUGUUUGUGAUAUCAAGCCAUCUGCAAUUAUAGGAGUCGCUGCAAUUGUAGGAGCAUUUACAGAAUCAAUCCUGAAGCACAUGGCUGCUCUAAAUGAACGCCCAAUCAUCUUUGCUUUGAGCAAUCCAACUAGCAAAGCAGAAUGUACAGCUGAGCAAUGUUAUCGUCUUACUGAGGGCCGUGGUAUUUUUGCAAGUGGAAGUCCAUUUGAUCCAGUAAAACUCCCAGACGGACGUAUCUUUCAUCCUGGACAAGGAAAUAAUGCUUAUGUGUUUCCGGGAGUCGCACUUAGUAUCAUUGCAUGUGGGAUUAAGCACAUCAGUGAUGACAUAUUUCUCCUUACUGCAGAGGCCAUAGCAGAGCAAGUGACAGAUGAGCAUUUGGCGGAAGGUCGUUUGUAUCCACCUCUGAGUUCUAUCAGAGACAUCUCGGUGAAGUUGGCUGUGAAGAUCGCGGCCUAUGCCUAUGAGAAGAAUAUAGCAUCAGUUCUUCCUGAGCCAGAAGACAAAGUAUCAUUUAUCCACUCCCAUGUAUACAGCACUGAUUAUGAACACUUUGCUGUCGACUGCUAUACUUGGCCUGAAGAGGCUAUGAAAAUACAAACAGUCCACAUUUAACACAAAACAAGGCAUUAACCUUUAUUAUGCAAAAAAGUGGUGCAUAGAAUUGUUUAAUCUGACUGUGGAGGGACUGAUGCAGUAGUUAAAUGUUCUGCAGGGUGUGUGUCACAGGCAAAAUAAAUAAAUGUAUAUCCAG